AUGAGAGCUUUCUCUCUCUUAUCACUUGUUUUUGCAUCAGACGAUUACGUCCGCUUUCCGGCAAUAGGCGAUUGGGGCGGAGCCGAUCCUAUCCCAGUCAUUUAUCCAGGAGGAAACCGUUAUUCCCAAGAAUGGGGAGCAGCAAGCAUGGAUAAACUCUGCGGCGAGAGAGAUUGUGACUUCAUGCUUUCCCUCGGAGACAAUUUUUAUUGGGAUGGAGUUUACAACAUCGAUGAUAUCAGAUUCAAUGGAACUUAUGAGAAUAUCUACGGGUUCGCGUCCGAAAGAGAAAACAUCAAAAAUCUAGACUUUUACCAAUGUCUUGGGAAUCAUGAUCACAGGCGAAAUGCUACAGCGCAGGUUAUUUAUUCACAUCAAAGAGAGACAAAUUUCAAGUUUCCGGAUUUAUGGUACUCCUUCACGAUUGAGAAGCCAAAGUUCAGCGUCAAAAUCAUGAUGAUUGACACGGAAAUCAUGAUGGGAAACGUGAAGAAACUUCCUGAAUACCCAGAUCGAGACUAUCAAGAAGAACAGAAUCAGUGGAUCGACAAAGAGCUUGAAAACUGCUACGCUGAUUACUGCAUCGUCGGCGGUCACCAUCCAAUCUACAGCGUCGGAAAUCACGGGCCAACCGAAAAGAUCAUUCGAUAUUUACAGCCUCUACUGGAAAAACAUCAUGCUGAUGCUUACAUCUGCGGACACGACCACAAUAUGCAACACUUCCUGGGCAAAAGGAUCCAUUACUUCGUCACUGGGAUGGGCAAGGCAAUCAACAUUUCCCUGAAAAAUAUGAACCACGAACUGAAUCCUCAAGCUGACUUCGAUUACUUCUCAGUUCUGAAGGGUGAACGACUUGCUAUUUUGCUGAUUGAAGCUAACGAAGAAGAAAUGAAAUUUGACGUUGUCACUGGAAAAGGAAAUUACUUUUAUCCGAGAACACUGCGAAAGAAAACAAAAGUGUAG